AUGGACCGCUUCGGGGUGGUGUUCCGAGCCAGCCCCCGGCAAGCCGACGUCAUGAUUGUAGCCGGCACCCUGACAAACAAAAUGGCUCCGGCCCUCCGGAAGGUCUACGACCAGAUGCCGGAGCCUCGCUACGUGGUCUCCAUGGGGAGCUGUGCCAACGGCGGGGGCUGCCCGCCUACCGCUGAAGCUUUGCUCUACGGAAUCCUGCAGCUCCAGAAGAAAAUCAAACGGGAGAAGAAGAUUCAGAUCUGGUAUAGGAAAUAG